AUGUCAAACGAAGUUGAUAACGCGUCUACUGCGUCAGGUUCACGCUCCAUGUUAUCUGACUCUUCCAAUAAGGUCGAAAACGAUGAGAUGAAGGCGUUCGGCACCGAUGCUAACGGUAUGGAAGUCGCUGCAGCUGAAAUGCCAAAGAAGCCAGCUUCCGCUUAUGUUACUGUCUCCAUCCUUUGUCUGAUGAUCGCUUUUGGUGGUUACGUCUACGGUUGGGAUACCGGUACCAUCGGUGGGUUCUUGAAUCAUGAGGAUUUCUUAAGGAGAUUUGGGCAAAAACAUAGUGACGGAACCUACUACUUCUCCAACCCAAGAAUGGGGUUGAUUGUUGCUAUUUUCAACAUUGGUUGUGCUAUCGGUGGUUUGGCUUGGUCAAGACUGGGUGAUAUCUACGGUCGUAGAUUGGCCCUAGUCUGGGUUACCAUUGUUUACAUGAUCGGUCUAGUCAUCUCCAUCGCCUCUAUUGACAAGUGGUACCAAUACUUCAUCGGUAGAAUUAUUUCCGGUUGCGGUGUUGGUGGUAUUGCUGUCUACUCUCCAUUGCUGAUUUCCGAAGUCUCCCCCAAACAUGUCAGAGGUACAUUGGUGUCCUGUUACCAAUUGAUGAUUACCCUAGGUAUUUUCUUAGGUUACUGUACCAAUUACGGUACGGAACACGGUUACACUAACUCCACCCAAUGGAGAGUCCCUCUAGGUCUUGGUUUUGCUUGGGCUCUUUUUAUGAUCGCUGCUAUGUUGUUUGUCCCAGAGUCUCCCCGUUUCUUGAUUGAGGUUGGUAGAAUGGAGGAUGCCAAGGUUUCCGUCGCUAGAUCUAACAAGCUAACCGUCGAUGAUCCUUCUGUCAUUGCCGAAGUUGAAUUUUUGGCUGCUGGUAUCGAAGCUGAAAGAGAAGCUGGAUCAGCCAACUGGGGGGAAUUAUUCUCCACCAAGGGAAAAGUUCUUCAGAGAACUAUUUUAGGUGUUAUGAUUCAAUCUUUGCAACAAUUGACAGGUGCUAACUACUUCUUCUUCUACGGUACUCAAAUUUUUGAAGCUGUUGGUCUAAAGGACUCUUACCAAACUGCUAUUAUCAUCGGUGUUGUUAACUUCGCCUCAACUUUCCCUGCUAUUUACUUUGUCGAAAGAUUCGGUCGUCGUACCGGUUUGUUAUGGGGUGCUGCUGGUAUGAUUUGUUGCUUCGUUGUCUUCGCCUCGGUCGGUGUCACGAGAUUAUAUCCAAACGGUAAAGACCAACCAUCUUCCAAGGGUGCCGGUGACUGUAUGAUUUGCUUCACUUGUUUCUUCAUCUUCUGUUUUGCCACCACCUGGGCCCCAACUGCCUACGUUAUUGUGUCUGAAUCUUUCCCAUUGAGAGUCAAGGCCAAGGGUAUGGCUUUGUCCAUUGCCGCCAACUGGAUCUGGAACUUCUUGCUGGGUUUCUUCACUCCAUUUAUUACCGGUGCUAUCAACUUCUACUACGGUUACGUCUUUAUGGGCUGUCUGUGCUUUUCUUGGGUCUAUGUUUUCUUCUUUGUCCCAGAAACAAAGGGGUUGUCUUUGGAAGAAGUUAACAUCAUGUGGGAAGAAGGUGUCCUACCAUGGAAAUCAGCUUCUUGGGUCCCACCAUCCAAGAGAGACAGCGACUACGAUGCCGAUGCCAUGGCUCACGACGACGUUCCAUUCUACAAGAGAAUGCUUGGAAAAUAA